CCGUUAAACCAGCAGGGUGACGGCGCUCGUGCUCGACGACGAGAACUUCUUGACAAUUCCUGUCCUGAAAGAAAGUGCGGAGAGCUUCAGCGGGCGGACGAGUCGAGCCGGCGGAUGGUGUAAAAGAGAAGGCGUUUACCACAUAAGGUCUGCUGGGAUGGGCAAUCUUCUCAAAGUCCUGACGCGGGAAAUAGAGAAUUAUCCACAUUUUUUCCUGGACUUUGAAAAUGCUCAGCCGACUGAUGCCGAGAGGGAGGUGUGGAACCAAGUCAACGCCAUCCUGCAGGAAUCAGAGAGCAUCCUCUCUGGACUGCAGGCCUACAAGGGAGCUGGCCAGGAGAUAAGACAAGCGAUACAGAAUCCGAGCGACCAGAUGCUCCAGGAGCAAGCGUGGAACUCCGUCUGUCCCUUAGUCGUCCGACUCAAAGAGUUCUACGGGUUCUCUCUGAAACUGGAGAAGGCCCUGCAGAGCCUGCUGGAGUCGCUCACGUGCCCCCCGUUCACGCCAACGCAGCACCUGGAGAAGGAGCAGGCGCUGGCCAAGCAGUUUGCCGAAAUCCUGCACUUCACGUUGCGCUUCGACGAGCUCAAGAUGAGGAACCCAGCCAUCCAGAACGACUUCAGCUACUACCGACGCACCAUUAGUCGAAACAGGAUAAACAACAUGAACAUGGACAUCGAGAACGAAGUCAACAACGAGAUGGCCAACAGGAUGUCCCUCUUCUACGCCGAGGCCACUCCGAUGCUGAAAACCUUAAGCGACGCCACAACGAACUUCGUGUCGGAGAAUAAAACGCUGCCCCUCGAGAACACAACGGACUGCCUGAGUACGAUGGCCAGCGUGUGCAAAGUGAUGCUCGAAACGCCGGAGUACACGAGCAGGUUCAGCAGCGAGGACACCCUCCUGUUCUGCAUGCGAGUUAUGGUGGGCGUCAUCAUCCUGUACGACCACGUGCACCCCGACGGAGCGUUCAUAAAGACGUCCAAAAUCGACAUGAAGGGAUGUAUAAAAGUCCUGAAGGACCAGCCGGCAGACAACGUUGAAGGCCUCCUCAAUGCCCUUAGGUUCACCACGAAACACCUGAACUACGAGUCCACGCCAAAGAACAUCCGGGCGAUGCUUCAGUAAACGGCUCCCCCGAAGAGGAUCCUCCCGCUCACCUUGUAUAUGUUUACAUAAUUUAAAGACUCGGUGUUAAUACUCGCCUGUAUUUCCGUAGCCCUUCCCUCCGCGUUACUGACCAAGCUUUACGGAACCUGCGUUUUUAUUGCAAAGUUAAUAGCCCGCGCCACCGAGUGUCGAAGCGCAAGAUAACGGAUGCCUUUUAGCCUUAAAAGCCGAGACGCGAGAAACGUUCGGCUUGCGGUCGCUCGAGGGUGCGGGAAGCGGGGCGAAGGCGAGCGGUCGCGUCCACCGUUCGGGGCCGCGGCGCGCUCGUGGCGACGGCUCGCCUCGAUUUUUCUCGUUGAAGCCGCGUCGUGUCGCGUGCGGUAACCGACGGGAUGCGCCGCCGUGCCGAGAAGAGAGGGAAUGAGCUGAUGCGUGCGUGCCUGCGUUUAAGUGUUGCGGAAGAGGUUUGGAUAUUGCUUUUUGGCGUGUGAACGUGUGCGGUUAUGUUCAUAUGUUUUCUUUCGUGCUUUUGAGCAUCUAACACAAAUGCGUUGCCUGAAAACUAAUAGCUUUAAAUAAACAAACAUGUGACAUUAAACAUUUUCAAAGUGAUAUUUGCGGGAGAUUGAAUGUUCUGUUUUCCACAAAGGGGCGAAUUUUUUUUAUUUAUUUUUUUCCCCCAAUAUGAAGAACGUCUUUGAGGCGUGGCCUGAUCCGAUGGCGAUCCGACGUGUUCGGCGUAAGGAUGGCGGCGUCGCAGGCUCCUUGUGGGACUUUUGAGGGAUGCCGUUCUGAGCUCCGGCCUUGCUUCGAUGGUCGGGGUCCGGGUUCCCGAGUCCAGUUUGCCUUCGGAGCAACGCGGAGAGGCAACGACACGUUUGCCGUACAGGAAGACGAUCGUCAGCGUCUAGUCAUCCCGCAUGUUGUGCAAAAAAGUGACGGACGCCAAAUUUGUUGCAGUUUUUUCAUUUUUACUUUUGCAUUUGCAGAGGACGUUUGCCACUGAAUGCUGGUAGCUGAAUAAUUCCGAAAAUAAAUCUGGCCCAGUGAUUGAUUUUUUUUUUUUUUUUAAUUCUGAUUUCAUUUCAGCUGCUGUGAGGUUGGAAACUACGCAGGGAUAAUUUUUGAGCGACCGCCUUUUGCUCUCUGUACCUUUUCUUUUCUAGUGUGUUCUGGUGUAUUUAUAGUCGCACAGGUGUGUCCAAUUAAAGUGCCGGUACCUUAUGAGUUCCAUGCCCGGUUGCGUGAAACCCCUUCAGUUUUCACAUGUAAGCGAUUUCCUUAAACGUGAACCGAGAAAAGGUAAGACGGCCGUUAAGGGACCGUCGACGGCCACCUUCACCUGACCGGUCACAGGUUGCGGAAAAAUGUUAGAAAAUAAAUUCCUUGUAUCCAUGGAACAACGAGUAACAGCGCAAUACUGUUGAUGCUGCUUUGAAGGCAGAAUCGGAUUCGACGUGAAGUUCUCUCGUUUGCUGUUUUUCAUUUUUCAUGACUUGUAGGUCGAGAAGGAAAAAUGAAUAAAUUUACCUCCCUCUCACAGAUUUUGAGUUUUACUGUAUUACAUCGCAUUUUGUUCACUUAGGUUCAAUUGGGAUGGGAGAUUAAUGAAUUAAUUGGAACUUUAUUUUAUUUCAUUUUCUUGUUCAUUUAUUUCAUUUCCUUUCUAUAACCAGUUUGGCUUGUAAGUUUAACAUUUAUAUUAGAAGUGAAUGGUUCUUCAUUUUUACAUUGAAUAAUCAGUUUGCUGCCAAACACUACUUGAGCUGUAUGGUAAAAGUAGUAGUUUGAGGUCAAAGCUUCGGGUAAAAAACCCAGGGAACGUCAUCGAAUAGAUUCAAGCGGUGUCGUUUUUCACGUCCCGGAGGAGAUGAUCCCGGCCACCGAAGGUAUUUUAUGCAACCGGACGUGGGUCUCAAACAUCAUUUGUACAUUUUGACACCUUUUGUGUGUUUUUCCUCACUCGUCUCCACAGAAGUUCCUUCUCGUGUCCAAAUGCAAAGCAAAUUCAGAGUUUUUUUUUCGCAUAAAUAUAGGGGGCGUUAAUGAUGUAAUAUUAAUAUUUCGAGUCAGUUAACCCAACGUCCCAUCGAUCGAUACAGAAAUGGAUUUUCAGGGUCCCAGCAGACGUGCACUUCCUGGUCAUUUAAUGAUUGCCUAAUCGAUCUGAUUAAUCGGACUGAUUAUCCAGGUAUAAAAAUGAUCUAACAAUAUAUUCGGUGUUUUUCAUCCUGUACUUUCCGGCUAUUUUGCGUUACACAUGCGGCUGCUCGUACAGACACUGCGUAAGAAGUAAACGCUGUAAAAACCACUGUAACAACGUAAGGAUUGUAGUUGUCACGAAAACAUUUCAGCUGCGUGCGGAAAAGCAGAAACGAAGGACGGAGUUUAAAUUAUUUUGUGGGGUAACAUUCCAUAUCGCUGUCGAUUAAACGUGGAAAUUAUAGAUGAUGUCGGAAAUUCCGAUCGUGUGGUUUUUUUCGCGUGUGUUUUUUGUGUUUAUUUUUAGAGUGCAUAGUGUACGGGUGUGUGAGAAAAUAAAGAUUGGAACCGUUUCCUCGGAA